UAUUUCAGAGACGGACGCAAUCGUUUCCUUGUUGACGUGUGAAGCUGUUGAUCAUGGCAGACACUAAAGUAGAAAUUUCAUCUGACACAUCUACUCUCAUUCAUAACAGCGGCAAUGUAGCCCCGCAGCCCAACAACCCGUUAUCUAGAAAACUAAAUAAGAUCCUGGAAACCAGAUUGGACAAUGACAAGGAGAUGCUGGAAGCACUCAAAGCACUGUCGUUGUUCUUCAACGAGAACAGUCUCAGGACUCGCAGAAACCUCCGCGGGGACAUCGAGCGCCGCAGCCUCUCCAUCAAUGAAGAGUUCGUGGGGAUAUUUAAAGAUGUAAAAGAGGAACUUGAGAGCGUGCACGAGGAUGUACAAGCGAUGAGUUCAUGUUGUGAGGAGAUGACUAACCGGCUAAAGGCUGCCAAAGAGCAAACGCAGGACCUGAUCGUCAAAACCAACAAGCUGCAAGGAGAGAAUCACCGGCUGGAGGUUCGAGCCCAGGUCGCCCAGGCGUUUCUGUCCAAGUUCCAGCUGUCCAGCGAGGAGAUGGCUACGCUAAGGGGGGCUCGUGAUGCCCCUGUUACCGAGGACUUCUUCAGAGCUCUCAGCAGGGUGAAGCACAUCCACGAGGAUGUUAAGAUUCUGCUCAGGACCAAUCAGCAGACAGCAGGGCUGGAGAUCAUGGAGCAGAUGGCCGUGCUGCAGGAGACGUCUUACGAGCAGCUGUACCGCUGGACGCAGAAUGAGUGCCGGGGAGUCACCCAGGAGGCCUGUGACAUCACCCCAGUGCUCAGCCAAGCCAUGGAGGCUCUACAAGACCGGCCUGUCCUUUACAAGUACGCUCUGGACGAGUUUGGGACAGCGCGGAGGUGUGCUGUGGUGCGGGGGUUCAUCGACGCCCUCACCCGGGGCGGGCCCGGGGGCACGCCCCGUCCCAUCGAGAUGCACUCCCACGACCCACUGAGGUACGUUGGGGACAUGCUAGCCUGGCUACACCAGGCCACCGCCUCUGAGAAGGAGCAUUUAGAAGCCCUGCUAAAGCAGGUCACCAUGCAAGGAGUGGAGGAGAACAUGCAGGAGGUGGUGGGCCACAUCACAGAAGGGGUCUGCAGACCUCUGAAGGUGCGCAUCGAGCAGGUGAUCGUGGCCGAACCAGGGGCUGUUCUGCUGUACAAGCUCUCCAACCUGCUCAAGUUUUACCACCACACUAUCAGUGGCAUCAUCGGCACCGGUGCAGCCUCCCUGCUCCUCACUGUGGAGGAGAUGCACGUUCUCAGCAAGAAGAUGUUCUUCAACAGCCUCAGUCUGCACGCCAGCAGACUCAUGGACAAGGUGGAGCUUCCCCCUCCAGACCUGGGCCCCACAGCCUCCCUCACCCAGACUCUGUCGCUGCUCAGGGAGGUGCUGACCUCACACGACUCCUCCAUGGUUCCUCUGGACGCCCGGCAGGCAGACUUCGCCCAGGUCCUGUCGUGUAUCCUGGACCCUCUCCUGCAGCUCUGCACGGUCUCUGCCAGCAACCUGGGCACAGCCGACAUGGCCACCUACAUGGUCAACUCGCUCUACAUGAUGAAAACCACGCUGGCUCUCUUCGAGUUCACUGACAAGCGUCUGGAGAUGCUGGAGUUCCAGAUCGAGGCUCAUCUGGACACGCUGAUUAACGAGCAGGCCUCCUACGUGCUGACAAGAGCCGGACUGAGCUACAGCUACAGCUGUGUGCAGCAGCAUGGAGCAGAGCAGGGGCCGCUGUCCAACAUGGCGGGAAUGGACAGCUCCUCACUGAAAUCCGCCAUGGUGCAGUUUGACCGCUACCUGUCCUCUCCCGACACACUUCUGAUGCCCCAACUCAACUUCCUCCUCAGUGCAGCCAUCAAGGAGCAGAUCUUCCGGCAGUCCACGGAGCUGGUGUGUCGGGCGUACGGGGAGCUGUACGCGGCGGUGACCGACACGGCGAGCGGGUACAAGGACCCCGAAAGCUUGCUGCACCGAUCACCCCAGCAGGUCCAGACCCUGCUGUCCUGAGAACAGGACAGAAUGGGGGCCCUGGACGGGACAGGAUGGGAUGGGACAGGGACGGAGGAACAACACCCCCCUCUCUCUGUGCCAGUUCGGAGGCUCCUCAUCCUGCAGCCCUGCCUAGGACAGUCUGACUGAAGGGUGUCGGGGGGUGUCUUUCUUUCUGACCUCUGACCUUUGAACUGAGGCUUCCUCUGUGUGAUUCAGAUUCUCUCGUUCUCUCUCUCUCUGAUAUUGUGAAGGAGGUGAAAAUCCGGCCAAACUUUGUACUCUUUUUGUAUUUAUUUUUGAUUUCACUGUGGAUGAAGGUUCCCACUGACUGGAAAAGAAGCAUGUGGAGAGAGUCACUUCUGCAGUCACAUGCAUAACGCACUAACAUAUGCACAGAAACACGCAUGCACAGACACACACACACACACACACACUCACACUCACACACACACUCUCUCUCUCUCUCACACACUUACACACACACACACACACUCUCUCACUCUCUCUCACACACACACACACUCUCACACACACACUCUCUCUCUCUCUCUCUCUCUCUCUCUCACACACACAGCCCCUUGUGCUGUAGCUCUGCUUCACUAAUCAGGAACAGAUCUGCCUUUCAUCUCAUUAAAUCGUUUUUUUCUUCUUAACUCCAUUAAAAUAAAAUAAAUCUGAAUGUUUCAAAGCCUGCACUCCCCCCCCCCCCCCCCCCCCCCCCCGUCUCUGACACAGAUAGUUAAAUGAAAUUUUGUGGUGGCCAGGCCGCGACGGUGGCCAAUCAGAGCGAGGCUGAGCACAUUCUCGCAGACAAUGGCGCUUUCAUGUUGGCGAGGCUGAGGAGGCAGUCACGCCAUCGUCUGACUGCAGGCAGCAUCCCACCAGCCGCCAUUCACCCGCUGCCUGUGCGUAUGGAGGGAGGAGGGAGCGAUACAGCGCUGUGUAUGGGGGUAUGGAGAGAUGGAGAGAAGAGGGAGAGAUGGACAGAGUGAUACUGUGCUGUAUGGAAGGAGGAGUGAGAGAUGGAGGGAGAGAUGGAGUGAUACUGCGCUGUAUGGAGGGAGGAGCAAGAGAUGGAAAGAGUGAUAUUGUGCUAUAUCUGGGGUGCGGAGGGAUGAGGGAGAGAUGGAAAGAGUGGUAUUGCGUUUAUACUAUUAUUAAAUGCCUCAGCUGGGGAAGACUGUAGACUGACUGUAGAUUUGGGAAAAUAUUGUAUGAAAUAAAAUAAAGAAAAUUAUCCUU